AUGGCUGGGAAUGGGACUGGAAAGGCGGCGGGAGGUGUUCCUGCCGACUUGAACGGCGUUUUUUCGUUGUGGCUAGCGCAAGAUAGCGAUGAAGAGACACGAUGCGAGAUUCUGGAGCUCUACAGGGCUGGGAGGUGGUGUGAGCUGCACGAGAGGCUCGACACACGGUUGGCGUUCGGCACGGCAGGGCUGCGGGCCAGGAUGGGCGCGGGAUUCAACCGUAUGAAUGCGCUAGUGGUGAUACAGACGACGCAGGGGCUGGCGCAGUAUGUGAAGAAACAGUCGCCCGAGAGGCUCGUUGCAGUGGUGGGACAUGACCACCGGUACCGGUCGCAGCGGUUUGCGGCGGCAACCGCGGCGACUCUGGUCGAGGCCGGGUUUACGGUGCAUCUGUUGAACAAGGACGGGAAGCUGGUUCACACGCCGAUGGUGCCGUUCGCUGUGAACGAGAUGGGGGCGUCUGUGGGGGUCAUGAUCACGGCCAGCCACAACCCGGCCACCGACAACGGGUAUAAGGUGUACUACUCGAACGGGUGCCAGAUCAUUCCGCCUCACGACAGCGGCAUAGCGCAGGCGAUAGAGGAGAACCUCGGGCUGUGGCCCAGGGCGUGGAAGUGGGACGAGGUGCUGGAGGAGGCGCUGCGCAGCGGCUCGCUGCUUCACGAUGGCGGCAUCCUGACGUGCGGCUACGCGAGCAAGAUGGAGGCGUUCCUCGUGGACAAGACGUUUGCAGGCGCCGGCAGGAACGGGAGACCUUGGUUUGUGUACACGCCGAUGCACGGCGUGGGAUUCGAGAUCUUCAGCAAGAUAGUCGAGAAGACAAUGGGCCUGGUCGUCGACGAGGAUUAUCUCUGUGUCAGACAACAGCAGCAGCCGGAUCCGGCGUUCCCUACGGUCCAGUUCCCGAACCCGGAGGAGAAGGGCGCCCUGGACCUGGCAAUAUCGCUGGCCGAGAGCAACGAUAUUGGUCUGGUUCUUGCCAAUGACCCUGACGCGGACCGUUUCUCUGUCGCCUACAAGGACCCGUCUACCCGAGUCUGGAGGCAAUUGACAGGUAAUGAAAUAGGUUUCCUGUUUGCGGUGUACGAGUACCAGAGGUAUCAGACUUUGGAUGCCGAGUUCAGGAAAAGACGUCCGCUGGCAAUGCUGAACUCCACUGUAUCAUCUCAGAUGAUGAAAAAAAUGGCCGAAACCGAGGGCUUCCACUACGUAGAGACGCUGACCGGGUUCAAGUGGAUCGGUAACCGCGCGCUUGACCUAGAGGCCAUGGGGUACUACGUACCUUUUGGCUUCGAGGAGGCAAUCGGCUACAUGUUCCCAAGUAUGGAGCACGACAAGGACGGCAUCGCAGCUGCAGUCGUGUUCCUGCAGGCAUACAGAAGAUGGCUGGAUAGCGAAAAGAAGACCCUAUCGAUGAUCAUCGAGGAAGGUUAUCAAAAGUAUGGCGUCUUUAAAGAGUACAACGGAUACUACGUGGUGGACGAGCCUGCCAAGACCGAUGAGGUCUUCCACUACAUCAGGAACGAAUACCCGAAAGGGCACGAUCCUUAUCCCUACCAGGUGGGCAACGAACUGACCGUCACCCAUUUCAGAGACCUGACAGAGGGCUACCAAUCCGAUACUGUCCAGAACAUACCCACUCUGCCCGUCGACGCUAGCUCGCAGAUGAUAACGGUAUGUGCCAAGCUAGCUGGAACCAAUGUCACAGAGACUGUGCGGUUCACGCUCCGUGGAUCAGGAACAGAGCCCAAACUCAAGGUAUACAUUGAAGCGUGUGCCAAGACUGAGGAACAAGCCCAGAAGAACGCUCGAAUGACGUGGGAAAUCCUGAAAAGAGAGUGGUUCAGACCAGAAAUUACGGGUCUCACGACCAAUUUUUGA